AAAGCAUCGAAUAACAACACAACAACGUUUCAUAAAGUCACAAAAUUGCAGUAGAAACUGUUGAUUAUCUUAUUCGUUUAUACGACGAAUUGUGGUCGCAACUUUUGUUAGUGAUUUUAUUUAAAAUACAAGUUUUCUUAUUUAAAAAAGUGGAUUUAAAUGUUACAAAAUCGGUAUAAUUUUUUAGAAAACCUUGGUGCUACUUUCAUGAUUUAUAAUUAAUAUCAACAGUUCACUAAAAAUUACGAAGUUCGUUUUACAUAUAGACAUAAGUGCCUACCUAAAUACGAAAAUAUGCACACAUGCAACAUACAUAUGUAUGUAUAUAUGUAUGUAAUUGUAUGUAUCUGAAUAUUUCGGAGUGAAUUUUAUUUAAACAAAGUUAUGUCUGCCGUGUUUAUCCAGAUUAAUCUAUAAAAAAAAUUAAAUACUACUAAUACAAAUUGUGUGAAAUAAAAAUAUAUAAUGUGAAAUCUUCAAUCUAAGCACAUAUACAUACGUACAUACAUAUAAUAUUUACUAAUAUGUAUCCACGCCAUAAAAAACACUGCCAAUCAUAAGAGUGUAUUUAACAGUUUAAAAUCCACAAAACUAUUAAUUAUUAAACGCAUAUUAAACAGUUGAUUUUAAAUUUGAAUAAAAAACUAUAAUUCGUUGAGCAUGUGAUAUUGAAGAUUAAAAUUUUGACAAAAUGGAUGGUUUUAACUUUCAAGCUUUUAUGAAAUCCGACAUGAUCUCUCCUAGUAAGUCUCAGGAAUUCGAGUAUAAUAAUGGGCAUUUGAAAUCUGAUGAACUGAUUUUUGGUUCGCAGCGAGUAAAUUUGAAUUCCAGCACACCUUAUUCAGAUGCCACCCAGACGAAGAAACAUUAUCCUGGUCAUAUAAAAAGGCCAAUGAAUGCAUUUAUGGUAUGGAGUCAAAUGGAAAGACGAAAAAUAUGUGAAAAGACUCCUGAUCUACAUAACGCCGAAAUAUCUAAAGAGCUUGGUAGGCGUUGGCAAUUAUUGGACAAAGAAGAAAAGCAGCCUUAUAUAAUUGAAGCCGAAAAUUUGCGCAAACUGCAUAUGAUAGAAUAUCCUGAUUAUAAAUAUAGACCUCAAAAAAAACAGUCACGAUUUUUUACUUCAAGACAUAGUAAUGAAAAAUCAUAUCGAGGUGCAAAAUGUCAUGAAAUUGUAAAGAAAGCAUUAAUACCUCAGUCGUCUUUUUCCGAGCAAAAGAGUAAACAAGGUAUAAUUAGUGGUAGUACAGAUGGAAUUCAACGGUGUAAUCGAAGCUCGAAAAAAAACACUUCCAAGGCCAUCUCUACUAACCAAAAAAAAAUAAUUAAAAUGAAAGAAACGUCUCCUACAUUUAAAUCUGCAGAUAUAUGCAAAGGAGAAAAUCCCAUUAAUUACUUACCGCAUAAUUCAAAUGAUAGAAACUCUUACAGUGAUACAAAUAUCUGUGAUAUUAACUCAGGGAUUGUUGAUAAUAUACCUAGUUUAGAUCCUAUUGAGCCGUCCGACUUUAAUCAUUUGAAAAGUGACCCAGAAUUUCCACUUGAAGAUGUUUUAAAAAUAAUAAACUCUGAAAACUUUUUGGAACAACAAUUUGAGCUUCAUAAUCCCAGAAUCGAGUUUUCGCAUGAAAGCGCACUUAAUUCUGAACAAAUAAAUGUAAAUGACGUGUGUCCGAUCUCAUGUUUCCGCGAAGAGGAUAACAUAGUAAAUGAUGCUAAUUUACAUCUUGCCAGUCAUCACUCUCACCAAAUGCAAUAUCCAUAUGAAACAGUGAAGCUUCCCGUUUUUAAUUCCUUACUAUCUUCGCGAGAUGACAACAAGCAUCUGAGUAUUAUCAACUCUUCAACUGACGAUUCAACCUGUGGCAUUAUAAACCAAUCCUUAUAUUGUAGUGACGAAUGCGAAUCUGAUAAUCAUGACGCAACGAUGCAACAACAAACCGUAACAAUGAAUAUUGAGAUACAUAACAGCAAUCGGUUAUGUAGAACAGACCGAAACAAUGGACUUAUUGUUGGAGAUGACGUAUGUGCAAUAUCAAUUCCAUGUACCAGUGUCGAUAGCGAUUGCAGUAUUUUAACAUCGCCGCAUUCGCCACAAAUAAGAUUAAAUAACGCUAGUACAAGUGUAAUAGUGGAUACAAGUUUUGACAAUAUUUCUCCACUCUCAAUUACUAACUGUAAUCAUAACAUUCAUUCUGAAAAUCUAAAUUCAUCGAACUAUACGUUUUAUGAUACCAAUGGAGCUCUUCUUGCUUUUACCUAUGAUGACCUCCCACCGGAAUCUUCAGGCAGCCAUUUGGAGUUUAGCAAUAGAUAUGAGUUUUCUAGUCUUUAAAAUAGGACAAAUUCAUUAUUAAUAUAAUGGUACAGACAUAUGUAUGUAUGUAUAUACUUACAUAAAUUGAAUUAAACAUUGUAUAAUAACCUUUAAAUGCAUAAAAAAGUAAUAUGAAACUCUUAACAACAAUUUAAUGCAUAUAUCAAAUUUAGGUUUAAGCAUGUCACAUGAAAUUAUACAAAUUGUAUUAAUUUUUUUUUUUUUAUUUUAAAUCGAUUUCCAUAAUGCUUCUUCAAUACACGAAAAUUCUUAUGUGUUGUCAGUUCAGGAACCUCCAAUAAUUAUUAAAAAUGAAAUUUUAAAAUAAUCACAUAAAUAUAUAAAAAUAUUUGCAAGUACAUAUACAUAUGUAUUAAAAAUUUCGAUAUAUUAUAAUAUUUUACUACUACAUAAUUGGUAUUUGUGAGAUGAAACUAUUUCAGGGGCAUAUGUGCUUUUCAAGCAUUUUAAGAUUGAAUUGUAAUAUUACUUUUAGUGGUUUGUAAAAAUUAAACAAAAAACAAUUAUAUCUACCUUACAAUAAAAAUAUUUUUUAUUACAUAUAUAAUAUAUAAUAUAUAUAUAUAUAUAUAUACAUAUAUAUAUAUAUACAAGCAGAGAAAUUGCAUUUUGAAUAUGAAAUAAUCAACUUGGAUUUUUAGGUAUUUAUGAUAUGUAUGUAUAGUGUAACUCAAAGUAUUAAUGGGUCUUCUAGUAGUGAACUCAUAGCAGUUAUCGUCAAAUAUUUUCAAAAAAUAAGUAAAAAAUAUUGUCUGAGUAUCAAAAGAUUCCAUUAAGCUGCUUUAACAUGUUAAUAUAUUGGAAUGGGUUCACAAGACAAUGGAUUAACAAAGGCUCUAUACAUUCUACAGUAUGUCUUGUAUUAACCCUUAUAUUACAUUGCCAAAUUGAUAUCUAGCUAUUUGCCAUAAAUUAGAAAAAUCAGCCGACCCCUUACACCUUAUAAUACGGGGCAUCCGGGAGCUCUAGUAUUCGCCAUUGUAUUUUGUAUUCGUAGCUUUUGUAGUUAAAAUCCACCAAUAAAAUAUAUCGCCAAAAAAAAUAUAAAAAAAAACAUUGUGACCCUAUUGUAAUUGUAGUUUUUCGUUUGUGUAAUUCUCACAGCUGAUCACAAUUAAAAAGAUGUCUGAACUAAUAGACGUUACCUCGUCUACCAUUUCGGUAUACACUAUGGUGCAAACCUCAGUAUAUGCAGUAAUACGAGUAAACCUUUCCCUGCAAGACGGAGGUAACAGAUUGCACAAACACAUUGAAACAUUUUCAGCUGUUCACUAACACUGUUACAUUUUCUGGAAUUUUCAAUGGAAUGGGAGAAUACGUAAGUAAGAUAGAGAAAAACUAUCGACAUUAUAAACAUAUUGUAAUGUUAACUUGUUAGAAUAGGAGAGGCGAAUACCCAAUAUUUCAAGAAGAAUAAACGAAAAGCGCAGUUUAUUUUGGAUUUUAAAGAGAAAAAACGAAAGAGGUUAACAAGUAGAAAAAGAAAUCAUUUGGACCAUUGGUAAAAUUCAAAUCUAUUGCGUGCAGCAACCAAAUAAUGGAGUAUGUUUUAAAUUAUUAAAGUUAAAUAGUGUAUAUUUAAUUCAAAUAUUUGUUAUAGAUUGUGCAUUUUA